AUGGCUUCUCCCGUGGCUGGCGCCUCGCCAUCGUCCCCCCAGUCGUUCCGAGUCUCGUCGUCGCUGCUGCUCUCCGAGGCGGGUGCCGCUUCACGGCCGUUCACCCUGAACGGCGGUGCGACCCCCUCGACAGCGUCGCCGUUCGCAGCCGGCUACGCAUCCACAGGAGGACCCUCGGUGCUCAAUCGACCGAGACCUGGCCAAGGAGGACGAAAUUCGGUCGACAUCUCCCAUCACCACGCCUCGACGUUGUCCAUGUCGUCGAGCGUGUCUUCGUCGAACCGACCGAGCACCGACUCGGAGCGCGAACGAGCCCAGCAGCACCACGCGCCCUCGGCACCCUCACGACCCAACGUGCUCGGUCAUCCCGCCAGCGCCCACGCAUCGCAGCACACGAUGACCCAUCACAGCAACUCCGAGUCGGAAGAGACGGAAGAUGAUAUGUCGGGUCGUCAUGGCCGGCAGACGACAGCGCGACGCAACUCGUUCUUCGGCAUCGCAGCCAACGCACGCGAUCGAGACGAGGACGACGUAGAGGUUGAGGCACGGACCGCCGCGCAGAUGCGAUCGUCGUCCUCGUCCUUGUACGGCGCUCUGGCUGAUCGAGAAGACGAAGCGGCUAGUUCAGGUCGACCUUCAACUAGCUCUGAUCGGCAUGCCCGUGACGCGCGUCGGUCCUCGUUCUACGGCCUCGAUGGCCAUCUCGAUCCGAGCCAGGGCCUCGCCGGACUCCCCGUGAACGGCAUCUCCUCUUCUCACGAUCCGAUCCCGCACACCUCGUCGACGAAUGUUUAUGCAAUUUCUCAACACCGUGUUCCCCAAUACCACCACCAGCAGCACGGCGCAACUGGAGGCGACUCGGGUUCGGGCUCCUACUCGUCCCAUGAGUUGCGGUCCAGCGGCGGAACCGCCACGACCUCGACCUCGAGUGGACCCGCUGUCGUGUCACAAGUUGGAGCCCAGGGAACGAUGCUCGGGCAAAGGAUUUACAGUGCCCCCUAUGCGGCUUCUCGUGCUGCAUCUUUGCACCUGCAAGCGGGACUUGGCGGCGCAGCUUCAAUCAUCGAACCAUCACCGAGCUCGCAACGACUACUGUCGGAUCAAUCUCACCUCCAACCGGGCUCAAUGGCGUCUUUGCUCAGCCACGAAAAGACGCUCGACUUGUACCGUGCGAACGCAAAAAAAACUGACGACCCCGACAUCCAGUUCGAGCUGUGCACCUUCACGAUGGAGCUUGUAGCCGAGAUGGAAGCGAUCUCGGGCGCCGAUCGACUGGCUCACGCUCAGUCCGGUUUCGGCGACGCGAGCUCGCCGGGAGCGGCGAUGAGUAACGUGCUGACAAAGGACAACAAAGAGAAUGGUGUUCCCGGUGCGACGGAUCUCACAUCUCGGACGAAGCAACAGGAGCUCGUGGCCGAAAGUGUGACGUUACUCAACAAGCUUGCUACGCGUGGCCACGUCAAGAGCCAAUACUUCUUGGCGGAUUGCUACACCCAAGGUGUCGGAACUGCAAAAGUAAUUUCUUCUUGUCGCUUUUUUCGAGUAUACGUUUGAAUCCUGACAACCGUUGCUCACCAAAUAUUACAUUCUGCUUACAGGGACGGAGGGACUACGACAAAGCUUUCCCCCUUUUCAUGCUCGCCGGGAAACACGGCCAUUCAGAUGCCUGCUUUCGAGCAGCACAGUGCUGCGAGAACGCCUGGGGCACGAAGAAGGACUUUAGCAAAGCCGUCACAUUGCUUCGGUUAGUUCACAUCCAACCCCUCUAGCGGAGGAACCUCUACUGACGAAUUGAGGUCCAUGACCCCUGUUCGGUCCCAUAGACGAGCGGCCGUUCUCAACCACCCUGGCGCAAUGCACCGACUAGGUAUUGCAGAACUUAACGGCGAGAUGGGGUUGGCACGGCGCCCGCGGGAAGGAGUCAAGUGGCUCAAACGCGCCGCCGAGCUCGCCGACCAAGUCGACCCGCCACAACCGCAGAGUUUGCACGAAUUGGCCGUUUUGCACGAGAAAGGGAUCGAAAAUGUUAUCUUCAAGGUGCGCAGAGAACCAUGCCGUGUACUCUCUGGUGAUCUCACACUGACGAUUCUGACACUAUUAUCUCCUACAUCUGCUCGCAGGACGAGGAGUACGCCGCAGAACUGCUGGCUCGCGCCUCUGAACUUCAGUUCGCUCCCAGUGCCUAUAAGCUGGGGGAGUGCUACGAGUAUGGAAAGAUGGGAUGCCCUCAAGACGCCGCCUUAUCCAUCCACUACUACAGUGCGUAUUACGGAGCUCCGAGAGACGCCCUCCUGACUGAUGUGACGUGCACUGUUGUCACGUAGAUAUUGCCGCUCAGCAAGGUCACCCCGAGGCAUGCUUUGCUUUGACUGCUUGGUACCUCGUUGGGUCGCCCGGUGUCUUGCCGCAGUCGGAUACCGAGGCAUACCUCUGGGCCCGGAAGGCCGCUGGCUUUGGACUCGCGAAGGCUGAAUACGCAGUAGGGUAUUUCACCGAGGUAAGUAACGAAUAUCGGCGGAAACAAACUCCGAGACGGAAAGGAGCUGACACCAGAGGAUGGAAUUGGAUUGCCUCAUAGAUGGGAAUUGGUACGUACAAGGACGCUCGAGAAGCGAUCGACUGGUUCCGAAAGGCGGCGGGGCAUGGGGACAAGCGUGCGAUCGAUCGAUUACGUAUGACUGGCGCCACGGUCGAGACAAUGUACGGUCGACUCCCGCCUCAGGCCCCAGAGCUGCCACAAGCUGCCGAGCCAGCGGGCAACUACAAGCCACCGAUCGAGACCAAGAUAAAGAACCGAACACUCGGUAACCGGUUUGGUGUCGGGAAACGAGAGGGGCUCAGUAUUCACACCGGUGGAAGGUCGGCUUCGGCAGGUCAAGCCUUGAGUGCGGUCGAAAGCCGGGGGCAACCGAGCGCUCAGGAGUUCGAUAACGCCUUGCGUGCGGUGCACAAUGCCGGUCGACUCGAAUUUCCUCGCCAGCGCAGCGUCUCACAGCCUUCCACCCCGACUGACGCUUACCAGCCGCACCCUCGACAACGUCAUGACCAGCAGUUCGACUACUCUGGAGUACGUCCAGGUGGGCCGCCCACGCCACCAAAGAUGCCUGCGUCCCAACAAGCUCACUGGGGUCGCUCCGGCUCUCCCAUGGGCCGUGGCCCUUCCUCAGCAUCGGGUCCUAGCUCACCCUCGCGUGGUGGACCCAUGCCCGGCCGCGGCAACCGACCCUACCUUGCAUCCCUCUACACUGGUGGUCAGCCGCCAUCACCCAACUUGCGAGUGCUUCCACCGGGAGCAGCCCAACCUCGCUCAAGUACCAACGAGCUGGGAGGUUUCGAACGAGCACUACCUAUCCGUCCCCCCUCGCCAGGUCACGCCAGCUCGAAAUUGAAGCACGAGCCCAAUGUCUUGACCAAAAAGGGCCUGAAUUCGAAUUCAACUCCCCCGCUUUUGUCGAACGCUGCCGGCAAGGGAUUCUGGAAGAGGAAAUGA